AUGCUUCUUAUUCACCCUUCCAGCUGUUGCGAUGUCUGUCUGGAAUCCUAUAACUGGGACAUCACGACGCAGAUGCCUCAUGUAAUACCCUGUGGCCAUAUUUUCUGUAAAAUUUGUCUGGAGUCGAUGACAUCCCCGAAUUGCCCGUUAUGCCGCAAGGCCUUCUCCCACAAUGGCAUAGUGAAGCUUCACAUCGAUCGUCCGCUAACGUCAGGUCAGUGUCUACAAGAGGUUGAGCUACUGCAGAGGCUUUCCGCAGAAGAAGAAAAGCGUCAGGCAGAUUUCGAAGCAGCUGCGGAACAGAGCAAGCAACGCAAGCGGGAGCUACAAGAAGCUUUGGAAAGGGCAUGGCUUCGACAACAGAGUGAGGAAGAGACGGAGGUCCAGAGACAACAGCCAGCAGGUGCUGCUGCUCCCCCGGCCGUCCGCGCAGAAAUGUCCGCUAGGCGACUACUCUUGGAAGACUUUCCCCUUCCUCCCAUCAGCGGUGCUGUCGGUGCCGCAGCCAUACAACCAUUUAUCUUUAGGCCAGCUACACGAUCUAGCCAGGGACCAAGGCAGGAUCCAGGUCUUGCUAGUCUAGCAUAUAAUGCUAGAGCACCAUCGAGACCAUCAGGAUUAGCCUUACUUCGGCCAAGAUCUCCUUAUCCCAGGUCGCUAACCCUUGUCGAUGAUAGCCCCCCUAUCAUCCGUCGGAUUGGUGAGCGAAAUCUCAGCAGUAUUCAGCAGCCACUAAUGGGCGUUCCAAAGAUCUCGUGA